GGCUUAUUCUAAUUCGCCAGAAAGCAUCGGUGGGCAAACUCCCAGGAGAUCAUGAGGUCUGUAAAGUUACCAAAAUUGCUGUGCUGUCACUUUCUGAAAUGGAACCUCAGGAUCUUGAGCUAGAGCUCUGUAAGAAGCAUCACUUUGGGAUUAACAAACCAGAGAAGAUUAUACCAUCUCCCGAUGACUCGAAGUUUCUACUGAAGACCUUUACACAUAUUAAAUCCAAUGUGUCUGCUCCUAAUAAAAAGAAAGUUAAGGAAAGUAAAGAAAAAGAAAAGUUGGAGAGAAGAUUACUUGAGGAGUUGCUGAAGAUGUUCAUGGACUCAGAAUCCUUUUACUAUAGCUUGACCUAUGACCUGACCAAUUCGGUGCAGAGACAGAGCGCUGGGGAGAGGGAUGGCCGGCCCCUCUGGCAGAAGGUACCACUUACAGCUCAAAGAAUAGGGUUUACCCUCUGGAACAAAUGAUGGCCUGUUUUGGCUUUUAUGGGAAAACUGAAAUAUUGCGUUUCUGAACUGCUUUUUCUCUACCUUUUCUAGGUUGAUGAUCGAUUUUUUUGGAAUAAAUAUAUGAUACAAGAUCUUACUGAGAUUGGUACACCAGAUGUGGACUUUUGGAUUAUCCCCAUUAUCCAAGGUUUUGUGCAGAUUGAAGAACUUGUGGUUAAUUAUAAUGAAACGUCAGAUGAUGAGAAAAGCAGCCCAGAGACCCCCCCUCAGGAGUCCACUUGUGUAGAUGACAUUCACCCACGAUUUCUAGUGGCUCUUAUUUCACGCCGAAGUAGGCACAGAGCAGGAAUGCGUUAUAAACGAAGAGGUGUGGAUAAAAAUGGAAAUGUUGCAAAUUAUGUGGAGACAGAGCAGUUAAUUCACGUUCACAAUCAUACCCUGUCAUUUGUUCAAACACGAGGCUCUGUGCCUGUCUUUUGGAGCCAAGUUGGAUAUCGAUAUAAUCCAAGACCUCGUCUGGACAGAAGUGAAAAGGAAACUGUUGCCUAUUUCUGUGCCCAUUUCGAAGAACAACUGAAAAUUUACAAAAAACAGGUUAUUAUUAACUUGGUAGACCAGGCAGGAAGAGAGAAAAUUAUUGGUGAUGCUUACCUGAAGCAAGUGUUGCUCUUUAACAACUCACAUCUCACUUAUGUUUCAUUUGACUUCCACGAGCACUGCCGAGGGAUGAAGUUUGAGAAUGUUCAAACACUCACAGAUGCCAUUUAUGACAUUAUUCUGGACAUGAAGUGGUGUUGGGUUGACGAAGCUGGGGUAAUAUGUAAACAAGAAGGGAUUUUUCGCGUUAAUUGUAUGGACUGCCUGGAUCGCACCAACGUGGUUCAGGCUGCCAUUUCAAGAGUGGUCAUGGAACAACAGCUGAAAAAAUUAGGUGUGAUGCCCCCGGAGCAGCCAUUACCUGUGAAAUGUAAUCGAAUCUACCAGAUAAUGUGGGCUAACAAUGGUGACUCCAUUAGCAGACAGUAUGCUGGGACAGCUGCUUUGAAGGGUGACUUUACCAGGACAGGUGAAAGGAAGUUAGCAGGAGUUAUGAAAGAUGGAGUUAACUCAGCAAAUAGGUAUUACCUCAAUCGAUUUAAGGAUGCUUAUAGGCAAGCUGUUAUAGAUUUGAUGCAAGGCAUUCCAGUGACAGAAGAUCUUUAUUCCAUAUUUACCAAGGAGAAAGAGCAUGAAGCUUUGCAUAAGGAAAACCAGAGAAGCCACCAGGAACUAAUCAACCAGCUCUUACAGAGUUACAUGAAGUUACUACUGCCUGAUGAUGAAAAGUUCCACGGGGGCUGGGCCCUCAUUGACUGUGACCCCAGCCUCAUUGAUGCUACUCACAGAGAUGUGGAUGUGCUGUUACUGCUUUCUAACUCUGCCUACUACGUGGCCUAUUAUGAUGACGAAGUUGAUAAAGUAAACCAAUAUCAACGACUAAGUCUAGAAGACCUGGAAAAAAUCGAAAUAGGUCCCGAACCCACUCUUUUUGGUAAGCCAAAGUUCUCCUGCAUGCGAUUGCACUACAGAUACAAAGAAGCAAGUGGUUAUUUCCACACACUGAGAGCUGUAAUGCGAAAUCCAGAAGAGGAUGGAAAAGAUACCCUUCAGUGCAUUGCAGAGAUGUUGCAGAUCACCAAGCAAGCCAUGGGAUUGGAUGUACCUAUAAUUGAGAAAAAACUUGAGAGGAAGAGCAGUAAACCUCACGAAGACAUCAUUGGUAUCAGAUCUCAAAACCAAGGCUCUUUGGCCCAGGGAAAAAAAUUUUUAAUGAGCAAAUUUUCAUCUCUAAAUCAAAAAGUGAAGCAAACCAAAUCCAAUGUAAAUAUUGGCAACCUGCGAAAGCUAGGAAACUUUACAAAACCUGAAAUGAAAGUUAACUUUCUAAAACCAAACUUAAAAGUAAAUCUUUGGAAAUCAGAUAAUAGUCUCGAAACCGUGGAAAACACAGGAGUGAUGGAUAAUAAGGUCCAGGCAGAGUCUGAUGGGGACGUAUCUUCAGAUAAUGACUCAUACCACUCUGAUGAAUUCCUUACAAAUUCCAAGUCUGAUGAAGACAGGCAGCUAGCUAAUUCUUUAGAAAGUGUGGGCCCGAUAGAUUAUGUUCUUCCUAGCUGUGGUAUUAUUGCUUCAGCACCUCGAUUAGGCAGUCGAUCCCAGUCUAUUAGCAGCAAUGAUAUUAGCAUCCAUGCUCCUUCAGAGAUUACUGUUCCUCAUGGGAGUGGGCUUGGAAAAGGCCAGGAGUCUCCUUUGAUGAAAAGUCCUUCUGCUGACAACAUACACAUAUUGACUAGCUUUGCCAAGCCUGUGGAUAUUUACUGCCACAGAUUUGUGCAAGAUGCACAAAACAAAAUGACCCAGCUAUCAGAGACCAGAUCUGUGUCUCAGCAGGCUAGUGAGGAAGGAAAUCAAAUGACCAAUCAAGUUUCCAAUGAAGAAACAAAAUCUGAAUCAACGGAACAGAUACCUUCCCGACCAUCUCAAUUAGAUGUGUCGUCUUCUGCAACAGGUCCACAGUUUUUGUCAGUUGAACCAGUACAUUCAGUCAUAUCUCAAAAGACCCCCAGCUCCGGUUCCAGUAUGCUUGAACUUGAGACAGGGCUUCAUGUAACUCCUCCUUCAGAGAGCAGUAGCAGAGCAGUCUCUCCCUUUGCAAAGAUUCGAAGUUCCAUGGUCCAGGUUGCUAAUAUUACCCAAGCUGGAUUAACCCAUGGGAUAAACUUUGCAGUGGCAAAAGUUCAAAAGAGUCCUGCAGAAUCUGAAGUGGUUAAUGAAGUCCAGCAAAAUGAACUUAAAAAUAUGUUUAUACAAUGCCAGACACGUAUAAUUCAGAUUUAGUUUUUAGCCACAAAGAAUCCUUUCAUGGUUUUUAUUUAAAAAUUCGAAAAGUUUUCACAUAUUAGGGUAUUUAAACUUGUACUGUCUGAAUCUUAGGGGUCACAAAUUUGUUUUUUUGGGAAGGGUUUUAAAAGGUGUUUGAACCUGAGCAGAUUUCCAAAUUUGAGAGCGAGGACUACAGAAGUGCAUCACCCUAGCAUCGGUAGACCUGAGUAGCUUAUACACUACAGAGCACUUUGCUCACUUGAAAGUAAUUCAGGAACAGGUCACUUUGGGAUAUCACCUGAACCUUUGUUGGAGUGGGGUGGGUGGAGUGUAUGUAAAGUAGACACGUGAAGGAUGGACAUGGACAGACUUAAGGGAAUUGUGUUUUUCAUAAUUUGUUCUGUUUAUUCAUUCCUGUGUCUUACCUGUACAA